CCCCCCCCCCGCCCCGCUGUUUCUUCCUCUUCCAUCCAAGGCGUCUCCAGCCGCGUCGAGCCCGGGCGCGAAGCAUCCGCGACGGCGCGCGAAUAGAUAGAAUACGGCGGCAGCACAGGCCAGGAAUGGAUAGAUAGAUCGAUCGGCCGGGCGGUGGGUCUGUCGAUCGACGCGGCUGGAGCGCGCGAGCCGGCAAUUUCCCCGCGCGGUUGGGAUCGAAUCGGAUCGGAUCGGCGCCGGAGGAGGGGGAGGAGGAGGCGUGUGGGGGCCGGCAUCGCAUGCCGCGGCGCCGCCCAUGUCCCGCAUGAAGCACCUGCUACGGAAGCUCCACCUCGCGGGGGGCGCCCCCGCCGGGGGAGCGGGCGCGGCGCCCGACCACCACCGCCCGCGGCACCGGCGCUCGGGGCACCCGACGCCGACCUCGACCCCGUCGCCGCCGCUCGUCGCCGCGGCGGCGGGGGCGCCCGAGCCGCCGGAACCGGCUGGAGCCACGCCCGCCGCGGCGUCGGUGGCCCCCGCGGCGGGGGAGCCGAGGGGCCUCGAGGCGGAGGCGGCCACGACGCGGCUGGAGGAGGACUACCAGGUGCGGCUCGCGCUCGCGAUCUCGGCCUCGGACCACGCGGGGCUCGUCGACGCGGACUCGGUCCAGAUCCGCGCGGCCGAGCUCAUCAGCCUCGGCGGCGCCGCCCCGGGGGCCGGCCACGACCGGAGCCCUGCGGAGGCGCUCUCCGCGCGCUACUGGAACCACAGCGUCGUCAACUACGACGAGCAGCUACCCGACGGGUUCUACGACGUCUGCGGCGCGCAGCUGCAUCCCGGCUUCCAGGCCAAGUUCCCCUCCCUCGGCUACCUCAGGGCGGUCCCGCCGGGCCGCGACGUCGCCUUCCUGGCUGUCCUGGUGGAUCGGGAGCGCGAUCCUGCCCUAAAACGCCUGGAGGAUAGGGCUGCGGUGGUUGCAGUGCAGACGAGGGCGCAACAUGGUGGUGCUGCUUCGGCGGAGCUGGCGCAGAGGAUUGCAGGUCUGGUUGUUGUUGCGAUGGGCGGUCUGGUGGAGGAUGCUGAUGGGAUGAACAGGGAGUGGGGCAUCAAGAGCUGGGAGCUCUCGCUCCAGCUGAACAGUGUUGUUCUUCCUCUUGGUUCGCUUCGGGUUGGGCUGUCACGGCACAGAUCGCUACUAUUUAAGGUACUUGCUGACCGAGUCAAUCUGCCAUGUAAGCUUGUGAAAGGAAUAUGUUACACUGGAACAGAUGAAGGGGCUGUUAAUUUGGUCAAAGUUGAUUUUGACAGCACUGAAUAUAUUAUUGAUCUGAUGGGAGCUCCAGGCACCUUAAUCCCUUCAGACAUUUCAGGCAGUCAGUUUCAGGAUUCCAACAAUAGCCAACUGGGCAGUGAUGCCAUUGAAGAGAGUGUCGCAGAAUUGUGCUUAGCUCUUGAGCAGAUUAAUGGUGGAUAUGAGAACAGAAAUGACAUUGGAGGAAGCUCAUCUGAUCACAGUUCUAUUUUAGCGCUCACUUCAAAUCUGGCAGAUUUCUCUCAGGCAGAACUCAAACAAAAUGUUAUCUCUGAGGAAGAUCUUGAAGGGGAAAUUUCUGAGCAUAUUAAAGUCAAUGAUGUUUCCAAAUAUGUUGUGCCUGAAGUAGUGGACCCACAGUUUGCACAAAAUUUGCAUGACCUACUUCUGGAGAGUGGUGCAUUGCUACCUGCUGAUUUAUUACCUGAUCAAAAUAGUCACAAAAUACAUGAUAAAGAAAGUGGAGGAUGGUUACUUGUUGCUCAAACAGGGAAAAAUUUGCAAAAUAGUUUUGUAGCUAAAGAUUCUUCAUCACCUUAUGAAAAUGCACAACACCAUGCUGAAAAUACAGAAGAAAUCAUCAGAGAUUUGGAUUUGCAUGAUCAUACCAGUAGUGCUAUUUCCAUUGAGGAUCAAAGGGUUGCUGAAGAUUCUUUGGUGAACAUGUCAGGAAGUAGCAAUGGAAAUUUGGACAAGUUAAGCUGGUCUAGUACAAAAACAAUCAGCUCAGUUAUAGAUGAUGUUGCUGAAUAUGAAAUACCAUGGGAAGAUCUUGAUAUUGGAGAACGUAUUGGUUUAGGUUCAUAUGGGGAAGUUUAUCAUGCAGAUUGGAAUGGCACGGAGGUUGCAGUGAAGAAAUUUCUUGACCAGGAUUUAUCAGGUGUUUCACUAGAGCAAUUUAAAUGUGAAGUGAGAAUCAUGUCGAGAUUAAGGCAUCCCAAUGUCGUUCUUUUCUUGGGAUAUGUGACACAACCACCAAAUCUCUCUAUAUUAACUGAGUACCUCCCAAGGGGGAGUCUAUAUCGCCUGUUGCAUCGGCCAAAUAGUCAAGUUGAUGAAGUACGGAGGUUAAAAAUGGCACUAGAUGUGGCAAAAGGGAUGAACUACCUGCACUCUAGCCAUCCUACCAUUGUUCACCGUGACCUGAAAUCCCCAAAUCUUUUAGUGGAUAAGAAUUGGGUUGUUAAGGUGUCUGAUUUUGGCAUGUCAAGGUUGAAACAUCAUACUUUUCUUUCCUCUAAGUCAACUGCUGGAACACCAGAGUGGAUGGCACCUGAGGUACUACGUAAUGAACCAUCAAAUGAGAAGUGUGAUGUUUACAGUUUUGGAGUAAUCCUAUGGGAACUAGCAACCAUGCGUGUACCAUGGAGUGGGUUGAAUCCAAUGCAAGUUGUAGGAGCAGUUGGGUUCCAGAACAGACGACUAGACAUCCCCAAGGUAGUGGACCCGCAGGUGGCCAGCAUAAUAUCUUCAUGCUGGGAUAAUGAUCCAAGCAGAAGGCCGUCAUUUUCCCAGCUCUUGUCACCUCUAAAGCAAUUGCAACGUUUAGUUGUUACAGGAAGCUGCUGACAUACCUUUCCUGGGACAAAUCCCAGGACACAGAUAUUCAAGUAUUUAAGCUCUACCACAGGGCUAAAAUUUUCAUGUUGAAGCUCGUGGAGAUAUAUUCAGAAUCUCUGCGGUGUAGAUGUGUAUGGGCGAAGGUUCUACACAUCACCUUGUGAAAAUGUGAGUCUCUGAAGCAGCGCAAAGGUGCUGCUGGAGAAAGCGUAGUGUGUAGUCUCAAAUGAAGAGAAGUGGUGCGACACGAAGUGCUCUGUGCCAUGGUAAAUAAUUGUUCAGUUCUGGAUUUUGAACCGGUGUUUCUGAGAAUCAGAAUUCACCACAAAGAUAGGGUCUUGAAGUUUUUUCACCACGCGUCUUACAAAAGAUGAAAAAAGAUGUCAAAAUUUCAGGUGCCUGCAAAAAGUUGCAGCCCGAUGUUGACCACAUGCAAAUGUAUAUCAUGUAUACAGAUGCUACCUUGCUUCUUUGUGAAUGUGCAUUUUAAUACUUUUGGUUA